AUGAAGACCACCCUUACCAGCACUUUGCUCCUAGCUGCAAGCCUUGUAAAGGCAGCAGCUGCGGCACCCCCCUCAGAGGACUUAUCCGAAGACUCCAGUUCCAACGGCACCUUCUCGAAUAUUGAGCGUCGAUACGGACACGCUACAGGAAGAGUGAUUUGUGGUAAAUAUGCCAAUGGCGACUACAUCAGGCUCUGGAACCUUGCAUAUGCCCUGGACAAUAAAGAUGCGGACACAAAGUGGGAUAUUGGCCCCAAGGCCUGCAAUCGCGUGACUUGUUGGGACACGACUGCAAUUUACGUCUGCAACGAUAAUGACCACCAAAUCACUGUCACAGGCAAAGAUAUCUCAAUUACUACUGUUUAUAUCCGCAACCAUUGCUGCGGCGCGACUGGCCAAAGUUUUAUUUCCGGCCAACAGUUCACCCCAUGGGGAUGGAACACUAACAUUGGAUACGGCAACUGCAGAGAUCCCCCCUCGAUUAGGCCGCACAUGGCUGGUGGUGAGGGCGUGAACAAAGGGGAUUGCUUGCAGGCCGACAUAGCGGAGGUCGGGUUUUAA